CGCCAAGUGGAUCGCAUUCUCAUUGGCGAACAACGAGUCGAUUCCCAACGCUUCUACAACUGCACCAGUUACACUUUCUGCACUUGAAUUAUAUGUAAACAUAUUUAAAGAAAAGGAGGGAAAAUCUAGAAAUGAUUAAUAUAUAUGUGAUGUGCCUAAUAAAAAAAAUUUCAAGUAAAUUAUGUAAUUUAGCAAGUGCAAUUAGCAAGAGAUAAAUAAUAUAAAUAUCUUGUAAAUUUGAUGGCGCCACUUCUGUUUUAUAGGUUGUUUGUCAUAUGUUGUUUGCUGACUGACGGGUGAAAGCUUUUGAUACAAAGUGGAUAAUUAGCAUUGGUGUCUUUAAUAGCACAAAAAUAACAUACAAUAAUAAUAGAAAAUGACACAGUGUACAGAAUUAAUUGAAGACUUCGAUAGUAGUUUCGCAAAAAUGGCAGCAAACAUUAUGAAAUAUUAUGUCGAUGAGAAAGAAAAAGAAAAAAUGUUGAAAGAGUUGAGGGAUGCUAUGAUACAGAAUUGUCUUAUGACAGAAAAAAUAAAAGCUGCGAAUGAGAUUAAAGAUCAACUGCCAUGUACGGAUGAGGUAGAAAGCAGCCAAAAUGUAGGAAAGAUUAGAGAUAAAUAUAAAACAGCAAUGUCCAAAAUCGAAGUCAACCCAUUGGAAGACCAAAGGCUAUUGGCAUAUGACCGCCAAGUGGAAGAUUUAUUGCGAGUAAACCAGAGCACACAGAACAAUGAGUUGGAUGACUCAAACAUGGAUUUGCGACUCACAGGCACUGACAUUAAUGUCAUUGAUCCGAUUUCGAAGAUGAGAAUGACUGAUCCUGUGAGAAAUACAGUCUGUGGUCACGUAUAUGACAAGGAAAGCCUCACCGCAGUGUUACAGAUGAACAAAAAGACUAGGUGUCCUGUGGUGGGUUGCGGCAAUACAGAAUACAUAGUGCUGAGUCAAUGUCGUCCCGAUGUCGUGACCAAAACAUAUUUAGAGAAAAAUCCCGCUUAAAC